AUGCUUGCUUACCAUCAGAGACCAUUAGUGUGUACGGCGUCUCCUACUAUCCUUACUCCUUUUAACGUCAGAGAAAGGAUGUGGUCCAUGCCCCUUAAUUGCUCGUUCUCCCCCGAAAUGGAACUGCCGUUUGAUCUUUCCCAGAAAAAAAAUACUCGGACAACUGAGGUCUUUUCAGAGCUUCAGUCAAAAGUAAAAGACGACAGUCAAGCAAAAGUAAAGGACGAAAAUCAAGGUAACGAGCCUCUAGACCUUCGUGUUUCUUACAAGAAAAACGUUUUAUUCGUGGACCAAGAAAUCCAAAAGGCGCACAUAUUUGGACCUGUUGAAAGGCCUAGACCGUGGGACCUUUCAUUUGGUCCUCAGAAAACCCAUUCUUCAUACACGCCACCUGACAUCGAUAUGGAUUAUCCACGAUCUUUUCAUCCACUAUUGUUCGAUAAGAAGUUUCGGACCCAGAAAGAGAAAUCAUCCUAUGUAGACCAUCCGGAUAGAAUUCUCUCUUCCUUUCUGCCUCGUUAUCCCAUUUUGGGAUCUCUAUUUAAUAACCCUUCGUCUCUCGAAUUUGUAAGAGUACACUUGGAGAAACUAGGGAGCCCCACCCCAGACCUGGUGCAACCUCAUUCCAAUAAAUCUAAGGAUCGAUAUUCUUGUAAAUUUUGUGGAAAGAUAUUUCCUCGCUCUGCAAAUCUGACUCGCCAUCUUCGGACUCAUACAGGAGAACAGCCCUACAAGUGUAAGUACUGUGAACGGUCCUUCAGCAUUUCCUCCAAUCUUCAGCGUCACGUGCGGAACAUUCAUAACAAAGAAAAACCUUUCAAAUGUUCUUUAUGUGAUCGUUGUUUUGGACAACAGACCAAUCUGGAUCGUCAUCUAAAAAAACAUGAAUCUGUUGGUCCAAACGUCCUUGACAAAUCUCCGAAGAGGUUUAGUGUGCAAGAUCAAUCUGAAAGAUAUUUCGCAGAAAUUCACAAUUCUAUUGAAAAAGUAACCGGAAAGUCUUCUGGAGAGGUGAAAAGGGUUUCUGGUUCUUCACAAUCUAACUUUCACCUAGUCAGCCAAUUAAACAGAAAGCUGGCAUCACCAGUAAAUAACUAA